AUGUCCCAAUGGAGUCAAGUUCAACAACUGGAAAUAAAGUUUUUGGAGCAAGUAGACCAGUUCUACGAUGAUAACUUUCCCAUGGAAAUCCGACAUCUACUGGCACAAUGGAUAGAAAGCCAAGACUGGGAGGCUGCAUCCAACAAUGAAGCAAUGGCAAUGAUCCUUUUACAGAAUUUGCUAAUACAAGUGGAUGAACAGCUAGACCGGGUUUCACAAGAGAAGAACCUUCUUUUGAUACACAACCUGAAGAGAAUCAGGAAGCUGCUUCAGGGGAAAUACCAUGGUAAUCCCAUGCAUAUAGCAGUGAUCAUCUCAAACUGUUUAAGAGAAGAAAGAAGAAUAUUGGCUGCAGCCAGCAUGCCUGUACAGGGGCCACUGGAAAAGUCUUUGCAGAAUUCUGUGGUUUCAGAACGACAAAGAAAUGUAGAACACAAAGUGUCAGCCAUCAAGAACAGUGCUCAGAUGACUGACCAAGAUGUCAAAUACUUGGAAGACUUGCAAGAGGAAUUUGACUUCAGGUAUAAAACAAUACAAAGUUUAGAGCAGAGCGACAAAAACAGUGCCCUCAUUAAACAGGAAAUGUUGGCGUUGCAGGCUAUGCUCAAUACGUUAGACUACAAGAGAAAGGAAGUACUCAGUAAAAUUGGCCGCGUGAUUCAUGAAAUCGACAUGCUCAUGAGCAACAUGCUGACCGAGGAGCUGCUAGACUGGAAGAGACGGCAGCAGAUCGCCUGCAUCGGGGGUCCUCUCCACGGUGGGCUCGAUCAGCUCCAGAACUGUUUUACACUGUUGGCAGAGAGUCUGUUUCAAGUUAGAAGACAACUAGAAAAACUGGAUGAACUAUUGACCAGACUGACUUACGAUGGGGAUCCUAUCCCAGUGCAAAGACCUCAGCUGCUGGAAAAAGUCAAUUUCCUGCUCUACAACCUUUUCCGGAAUUCAUUUGUGGUGGAAAGGCAGCCCUGCAUGCCAACACACCCCCAGAGGCCAAUGGUUCUUAAAACGCUAAUACAGUUCACUGUUAAAUUAAGGUUGCUAAUUAAAUUGCCAGAGCUGAACUACCAGAUCAGAGUGAAAGCAACUAUCGACAAGAAUGUUUCAACUGUCAGUAAUCGUAGAUUCGUUCUGUGUGGAACGCAUGUGAAAGCUAUGAACAUGGAUGAAUCUGCAAAUGGAAGUCUGUCGGUAGAAUUUCGACAUUUGCAACCAAAAGAAAUGAAAUCAAGUGCUGGAAGCAAAGGAAAUGAGGGCCCUCAUAUGGUGACUGAGGAGCUGCACUCCAUCAGCUUUGAAACACAGGUCUGCCUGUAUGGACUGACUAUAAAUUUGGAAACAAGCUCUUUGCCUGUGGUGAUGAUUUCCAACGUCAGCCAACUGCCCAAUGCAUGGGCUUCUAUUAUUUGGUACAAUCUAUCAACCAACGAUCCUCAGAAUUUAUCUUUCUUUAACAAUCCCCCUGCUGCCACUUUAAGUCAGCUCCUAGAAGUACUGAGCUGGCAGUUUUCAUCGUAUGUCGGCCGUGGACUCAAUUCUGAGCAGCUCAACAUGCUGGCCGAGAAACUUAUGGGGCAACAAGUCAGUUACAAUGAUUACCAGCUAUCCUGGGCAAAGUUCUGCAAGGAACAUUUACCUGGAAAGUCUUUUACCUUUUGGGUUUGGCUUGAAGCUAUACUGGACUUAAUUAAAAAACACAUUCUUCCUCUUUGGAUUGAUGGGUACGUAAUGGGCUUUGUAAGCAAAGAGAAGGAACGAAUUUUGCUCAAAGACAAGACACCAGGAACAUUUUUAUUAAGGUUUAGUGAAAGCAAUCUGGGCGGAAUUACCUUUACUUGGGUGGAUCAGUUAGAAAAUGGAGAGGUAACAUUCCACUCGGUGGAGCCCUACAACAAAGGCCGCUUAGCUGCACUGCCCUUUGCCGACAUACUGCGAGAUUACAAAGUUAUUAUGGCAGACAACGUUCCCGAAAACCCUCUGAAGUAUCUGUAUCCAGACAUUCCCAAAGAUAAGGCCUUUGGCAAACACUACAGCUGUCAGCCAAAUGAAGUCUCAAAGCCCUCAGAUGGUGGAGUGAAAGGUUACGUUCCUUCUGUAUUUAUCCCAGUCUCCAAAAUCUUAAAUGAUUCUACAGAUCCACAUUCUCCAUCAGAUCUUCUUCCUAUGUCUCCAAGCGUUUAUGCUGUGCUGAGAGAACACCUGAGUCCCACAGUGAUCGAAACUGCUCUGAGUUCACCUUACUCAACUGACUGAACUUCACGUACUGGAAUCUUGUGGACACUGGAUGGGUUAAAAGUCUCAUAAAUAUUUUUUUCAUCAUCUUUGUAAACCAACAUUUCCUGGAAACCAUUAUAAUGCUGUCCUCACUGAUAAAAGGCCAAAUCCUUUCUGGCUUGUAAGUCAUUUGACUCCAGUUGGGUGCAGCAGGCAUAAAUUUUUACUUGCAGAAUUACUGGCCUUAAAAUUGCUGUAAAUAUGACAGUAUAAGAACAGAACUUUUUGCUUCUGAUAACAGCAUAUAAGGACAAAUAAAGACUUUAAGGUGUUUGGAGGAAUCAGUUUUUAUUACAUGAAAUAGCAAUCAUCUUUCUGUAUGCCAUUGGUUUAGCUUCUAUUUUUAAUUUAAGAUUCUCAUCCCUCUGAGUUCAAUUGUCCCAUAGGUAUCCAGGGGUUAUUUUUUCCCAAUGAUGAACUACCUCGAGCAUAGGUUAUCAUCUGCCACUGCAGCAGAAGUCAUUGGAGAAAGGAAGGCAAGACUAGGAAGAGAAGGGAGUUCUACGAGGUGAUCAGACAAAACUUGUGGUGACAAAAGGCUCUGCCUUCAUUUUUGCAGCUGGAAGACAGGGUUAGUAAAGUCUGCCACUGUUUUCAGGGGGAAGUAAAUCUGUGUGCAGUACUUACUCUUGUAUCUGAGCACUAUCAGAAAGCCUACAAACUAAAAGUGCUGAUCUGACACACAGGUUGGACACUAUCCAGUAAAUGCAGACUGGGAGGCAGUUUUAAGAAGUAAUUACUGAAGAGCUGCAACAUCUUCUGACCACUGGGCAAUUUGUGACACAUGACAAUGUUACAUGCCUGUUGGAAACUCACCUAAUAAGCAGAAUAACUGGUUUUAUACUGCCUUUUUUUUUUUUUUUUUUUUUUUUUUUGCUUCAGGCAUAGAUUAAUGCUUGCUUGUUCGACUUUUUUUUUCCCCCUCAAUACUAUCCCUAAAAACUGUUAAUGGAAUAAUAAACUGGCAAUUCCAAGGCCACUGUCUUUCAUGUGUGUAGCCUCAUUAAGAUUUAAUUCUUGUGUGCAGAAUAAAUGGUUAACACAUGCAAAGUUCUUAAAAUACACAAUUAUGUAUUUGCACUUUAUACUGUUCUUGAGUAGGCACAAAUCAGAUAUCCAGGGUGAAAACGUAACCCCCUGGAGUCAGUUAGACCUGGAUUUCGCUUUCAUUUCUCUACUUCACUCACCCUUCUACUCACCCCCUUCACCCACAGUAUUGAUGUUAAUUAGCAACAUCUGUUAGAACAGAAACAGAUUAUUCCAUCCAUCACCAAAAUACUGCAUUAGAUUGAUUUUAAAUGAACAAACACCUCUCUGUAGUUGAUUCAUCUGAGUUGAUUCAAAGCCAGCUGCAGAUAGGAAGUCAUAUUUUCUCUCAUAAAGCAUCAUGUAUAAAUGAUUUUCCAAAACAAUUGUGUAUAUACAUUUGAUAAGAUCUGUAAUUUAUAUGACCAGUAUGAAUAAAAACAGAUUUUGGCUUGAAGUCAGAUACCUGCACUUUUGUGGAAUUCUUCAAGAUACAAGAGAGUCUUCUUGCAGUAACACAGACUUACAAAACAGCAAACAACUUUGUCUUGCAUAGCAUGUCUUUUUGUUCCAACCCAUUUUCACCAUCUUAAUACAAACAAAACGGCAAAUGGCUUCUGUCCAUCUAAAGAUCAUGAGAAAUAUUAUAAAAGAAACAAGUCCAGACGUGGCACAAGAACAUUUCUCUCUCCUUUGUCCCUGCUCCCCAUGAAAUUCAACUAUUUAUCUUGACUUGAACAUCGAAUUUUUUGUGUUGCUGAAUAGGAUUGUGAAACAGGUUUUGGCAUUAGUUUCCAUUGUCCUUUAAAAUACAUUUUGCAAAGGGCAGGUUUAACAUUUAAUUGGAAGGCACUUCAGCUAUUUGCUGCACUGAAGAAACAAGUCAUUUUAUAUGAAAUAAACAUAUGCAGGGCAAGCCUCCUUCUGUAAAAGCAGUGUGGGUUUUGUCCUUCUGCCACUAUGAAUAAGAUUAGGGUUCUGACGAAGUAAAACGAGGAAAAACAGAGAAAGACGUGCUGAAAGGGUCACACUCAGACUCUGCCGGAAGAGGUGAAACAUCUGCAUGUGAACACUUUUACUAACCGUGCUUCUGUUUUCACUGGGUUUUGCAGCUGCAAAGCCAAAAUAAUAGGAAAGGGAAAAAGCAGCGCUGUGCUCCGUUUUGCCGUACCACUGUCAGGACUGCAGUUAGACAACCUCGGGCCCUGCGCGUCCCGAAGCCCUGACACGCAGGAAAGCGGGCGCGAGAGAAAGCGAAACGCCUUUAUCGGGAGGGUAAAGAUAAAAGCCUCAGGUGGCCGAGCGCCAGGGGCGGCCCCACACCGAGCCCUGGCUCCUGUACGGGUGUUGGAUGCAGCCCCGGGCUGCGCUCCGUGCCCCGACGGCUCCGUGCCCCGACGGCUCCGUACCCCCGCGCCCUCCCGCCAGGCCGUGCCACAAGAUGGCCGCCCGGGGG